AUGACUGAUUGUCCAUUAAGUCGCACUGAAUCGGAAGUGGAUCCGACGCCAUGCGGGCGCGGAGGGUCGCUUAAAGAGCGCCGUUGUCAGCUUUUUAAAUUGGCCACGCUGGCCAUUUUGCCCGGCAUUAUUCUCAUUGUCCGCGAUGCGGUGAAGGUGGCAAGUGACGUACAGAUUGUACAACUUAACCGCGAAGUGAAGGACAGUAUCAUGUUCAGCGUAGAGAUCAGUGCCGUUGUUCACGCCAUGCAGAUAGAGCGGGGGACCACUGCCCUUUACGUGUCCUCUAACGGCGACACCUUUGUACGCACGCGUCUACCCAACUGCUAUCGCGAAACAGACACUGCAUUUGACGGUCUGUCCAAAUGGGUCAGCAUCGAUUCCAACGCGGUCUUUCAGACGAAGGUCAUUCUUCAACGUCGUAUCAGGGACUUUAGAUCCAACCUCGACCCCCUUAACACGAACCUAAAACAAGUGAUCGAAUUCUACAGCGAGGUUAACGCGGCCUUCAUUGCUAUGAUAGGCCGGAGUCUAAACCUUCGUAAGCCGUUCAACUUUUGGAUUGACUUGGUGUCAUACCAGAAACUGAUGAUUAGCAAGGAACAGGCCGGCAUAGAACGGGCAUUAGGAAGCACAUACUUUGCACAAGGUCAACUCCCAAGCAAUGACCUCUUGUGGUACAACGAGAAGCGCGUUCUGGGACUUUACUUCCUACAGCAGAGCCGUCAGUAUUCCGAGUUCGCAGAUUCGAACAUGGAGGCUUUGUAUGACGGAACUGAGUUGAAUACCAGAAUCACCUUGAUGCAGCAACAUAUUCUAGACAAUGCAGCAAUGGAGCCUUCUGUCGCGGCUGGAGCUGUCUGGUUCGACAAUAUGACGGAAUAUAUAAAUAUCCUGAACAUUGUGCAAGACAGAUUAGCAAACAAAAUCAUACAGGCAGCUGAAGAUGAAAACUCUUCUGUACACGAAGCUUUAACGAUUAGCGUAUUGGAGUUCGUCAUCGCUAUAGUGUUAAUGCCUAUCAUCGUCAUCCUGGUCCGAAACAUAGUCCAAAAGAUACAGAACUUUUCGCAAGAAUUAAAGGAAAAAACUUGCGAGCUAGAGGCGGAGAGACUGCGAACUGAGGGGCUUCUGAACCAGCUCUUGCCAAGAACGGUUGCUAAGCGACUCAUGAAAGACGGGAGCGCGUUACCUGAGUCAUAUAAUUCCGCGACCAUUAUGUUUUCAGACGUUGUUGGAUUUACUGCCCUAUCAAGUGUAAUAACGCCGAUGCAAAUGGUGAACUUAUUGAAUAUACUCUACGUGACUAUUGAUGCGCGGCUGGAAGAAUUCGACGUUUACAAAGCUGAAACAAUUGGAGACCGUUACAUGAUAGCUUCUGGAUUACCAAAACGAAACGGCGAGAAACACGUGACAGAGAUUGCAAAAUUGGCGAUUGAUUUACUCGCAACCAUAGAGACACUACAUAUUCCGAAUAUACGUAAUGAGAAAAUUAGUUUGCGAGUGGGUUUCAACACUGGGCCGGUGGUAGCAGGCGUGGUUGGUUUGAUGAUGCCGCGGUAUUGCAUCUUCGGUGACACGGUCAACACUGCCUCGAGAAUAGCGUCCACGGGACUACCAUUUAAUGUGUAUGUAGCGUCGCGUAUACAGAUGACAGAGUCUUCUGCUGCUAAGCUCAUGCAAAUCGGAGGGUUCAUCAUAACAGAAAGAGGCGCCGAGGAAGUCAUGGGAAAAGGCAUCAUCAGGACAUUCUGGCUGAAUGGCGUCUCUGCUAAACCAGGCACCAACGGAGCCGCCUAUGCGCGCCCGAGCAUAGAAGAAAACCCGCUGGUUUCUUCGAAUGUUACUCUGAUUUCAGUAAAAGAACUGCCAAUCUUCACCGAAGGGAUAUUACUAAAGUGCUGA